CGGACUUACGACUCAUACCCACCGCCCGCCGAGCCUAUCGUCUUUCCCCUCUCCAAAUCUCCAACCCCUCUCACACUCCAGGUGUUUUCUCUCCCUUCAUCUCAUACCAACACAGAGAUGAGAGGUCGCGCACCUGUCCCAGUUUCCUCCGGGGCCGCGCCCCAAAACGGCCACUCUCGCACUCCAUCGGGACUCGACGUUGCCCGCAGCCCACCGAACCAGAGCAACAAGAAUACCAAACAUGUUCCUUGCAAGUUCUUCCGACAGGGCGCGUGUCAGGCAGGCCCUGCUUGUCCUUUUCUACACUCCACCGACGCAGGAAUUGAGUACGCCCCAUGCAAAUAUUUCGCCAAGGGUAACUGCAAAUUCGGCGCAAAAUGCGCACUGGCGCAUAUCCUACCAGAUGGACGGAGGGUCAACCGGCCCACUGGAGGCAUGGGAAUGGGAAGUGGUCACCUCAAUUUGGGCGGCAGAGUGAACCCGCAAGCCUACGUGAACCAGGAUUCCGCUUUGACCAACUCGGUGCUUUCGCAGCAGCGCAUGAAUGGCCAUGAACAGCAGCCCAGAUAUGCCCCGCAGAUGCCCCCGCAGGACGAGUAUGGAUCCCUGCAAGGCCAGCAGCAGCAACCCUACGAUGGAAUCCCGACGAUCGACACGGGUCUCGCCUCCGAUGCCGGGUCCAAGUACGGCUCCCCCAUUGACGACGUUCGAUUCCCCAUGUCGCCCAACCACAACCACCUGACCGCCCUUGACGCGGGGCUCCCGGCCUCCUUUGACAGCCAGGGCAUCUCCCACGCCGCUCGCUAUGGCCCGGUGGCUGCUUCGGUGCCGUCGCAGUUUGGAUUGGAGUCGCCUCCGGCUCAGAGACCUGGUCAGGCGGAUGUCUUCCGGAACUUGCGCGACAUCGGAUACAGCACGAGCUUGCGGAGGCCGGGAUCGAAUAUCGGAUCAUCUCCUCCUGCCCCCGACGACACCAUUGGCACUCGGUUCAUGCAUUCUUCCCGUCCUGUCAAGCCGCGCAUGCUUUCCGCCAGUGUCCCACGCCCUACAGCCCUCGAGGACUGGGACGAGAAUUUCCCCAUGGAGGAAGACUACUUGCCCGUCAACCUGCACGAUGAUGUCUUGACCCCGCAGGAGAAGCUGCGCCGACUUUCCCGGACCGAUCAUGACCUGGGUUCCAGUCACCGAGACAUCAGCGGUCUCGGUAUGACCAGCACCAGCUUCUCCAAGACCGGUUCGCCAUUGGCCUCUAGUCCGUCCCGAUUUGGUGCAUUGUUUGCCAAGCAGCGUCAGCGCAAAGAAGAAGAGUCCCACGGCUCUUCCUCCUUCCACAUCGGCUCUCCUCUUCGUGAAUCAUCCCUGAACCCCAUCACCAGCCCUAGCCUUGGUCCCAUUGGCAGCAGCAGAGCCUCUCACGACGGGGGAUCCUUCCUUUCCAGCCCUGGACGCCAAUCAUCCAUGUCCAUGAUCUCCGAUCAGCUUGGAGGUAUGUCCCUUCACCCUGGCUCCGCUCGCCAGUCAUCCACGGGCCCAAGUGGUCGUCUGGAUCGUAUCAUCUCCUCGCCCGUCAACACCACCAAAAUCGAAGAAGAAGAAGACCCCAGUGAUCUCGUCUUUGACAUGGAAGAGGAAGUGGGCAACAAGCGGACCAGCACCUCCUGGGGUGAGAACAAAGAAACCACCGAUUCCUCCUAA